AUGCUUCAAGGGGCAUUGGUAACCACGAAUCGAAAUCAAAGCGAAAUUCUUAACGGGAUAGCGGGCGUUUUAGCGAAGUUGAUUCGAAGCAUCCACCCGACACGAUAUUGGAACGGCUUCGAGCUCUUUGACCUGUUGUGGUCGAUUGGGAAGGGCCAUCUGUUAGAAUCGGGGAACUUAAAUAUGAGUCCAAUGGAGCACGGGUUUGAAGAACUGCUGAAAGCCACCCCCCCAUCCCAAUGGGAUAUUCGAACGUUAUUCGCAUUAAGGUUUUCGUAG